CCGUACGUUCACAUCGUAUCCUACACCAGAACUCGACAUCCCGAGCGAGACUCUCCCAAGCAGCGAGCAGAAUGGCACCCAAAGCCAUCAUCGUGGGCGCCGGAGUGGGUGGGAUCGCCACGGCGGCUCGAUUGGCACAUGCUGGCUUCGAUGUGGAAGUAUACGAGAAGAACAAAUUCUCAGGCGGGAGGUGUAGUCUGAUACAUCAUGACGGCCAUCGUUUUGACCAGGGCCCAUCACUUCUCCUCCUCCCUCGAUUAUUCAGACAGCUAUUCAAUGAUCUCGGCACUCGUCUCGAAGAUUACGUCGAGCUGGUACAGUGCGAUCCGAAUUACGUCCUUCACUACCACGAUGGUGAAAAGGUCAUCCUGUCAUCGGAUAGAGCAAAGCUAGCGAGCGAAGUGGAGAAAUGGGAGGGAGAGGGCGGAGCUCAAGCUCUUGAGGGAUUUCUCAGAGAGGCAGGUAUCCACGGCGAACUAUCCUAUUCCCAUGUCCUUGCUAAGACCUUCCCUUCGAUCUUCUCCUUUCUCCGCCCUUCCGUCCUCUUCAACCUUAUAGCUCUGCAUCCUUUUGCAACUGUCUAUGGUAGAUGCGCCAAGUACUUCAAGACAGAGCGGAUCCGUCGAGCUUUCAGCUUUGGCAGCAUGUAUCUCGGAAGCUCUCCUUUUGACGCGCCAGGAACGUAUACCCUUCUCGAAUGGUCUGAAACAUGCGAAGGCAUCUGGUACCCUAUCGGAGGCUUUCAUGCCGUUCUCCAGGCCGUCAUUGAUAUCUCCACCUCACUCCCACAUCCCGUCCAAUAUCACUUCUCCGCACCCGUCAAGUCUGUCUUGCAUUCUGAAGGGAAAGCAACAGGCAUCAAGCUCGAAGACGGAAGCGAGAUUCAUGCCGAUCUGGUGAUAGUCAAUGCGGAUCUCGUCUGGGCGCACAACAAUCUGUUCGAGCGGGAGAAUGCGGCAAGUGCGGAGCAGGUCAAAUCAAAGAGCGGAGAUGUGGUCAGGAAAAACCUUCUCAUGCCGGGCUUCGCCAAAAGCUUGUUGAGGAAACCACACUCCUGUUCUUCCAUUUCAUUCUACUGGGCGAUGAACACCACGGUACCUCAGUUGAAGGCGCACAAUAUAUUUCUGGCUGAAGACUAUAAAUCCUCUUUCGACGAUAUCUUCAAACACCACUCCAUGCCCAAGGAACCUUCCUUUUACGUCAAUGUCCCUUCAAGAGUAGAUCCGUCCGCCGCGCCAGAGGGGAAAGAUAGUAUUGUCGUGCUGGUCCCCGUUGGUCACCUCCUCCCCUCUGACUCGAGGAAAUCAAGUGGCAAGAAGCCCAAUAACCCUGAGCAGAAUUGGGACGAAUUGGUCGACCGGGCGAGGAAACAAGUCAUUGAGGUCAUGCAAGCGAGACUCGGUAUCAAUGGGUUGAGCGAAAUGAUCACGUGGGAGGGUAUCAACACGCCUCUGACCUGGCAAUCCAAAUUCAACUUGACUCACGGUUCUAUCCUCGGUAUCACGCAUGAUUUCUUCAACGUCCUCUCUUUCCGACACCAAGCGCGCCAUCGAUCUAUCAAAGGCGCCUAUUUCGUAGGCGCUUCAGCCCAUCCCGGCACCGGUGUCCCUAUUGCCAUCGCCGGGAGUCGCUUGUGUACACAGGAGAUUCUGAAAGAUCAUCAUGUGUCCCUGCCAUCAACUUAUGGACCGUCCAAACCGGAGGGUGUCUCGUCACUCGACACGUUGCGUCGUCGAUCAGUCAUCCACCUCGUGGAGGAUUGGACAUCGGCCGUCUUUCCAUACCUUAUGGGCAUGUUUAUCGCCUCAUUGCUGUUCCUGAUUGGAGCCGCAAGCCUAUGGUAUACUGGAUUCUUUGAGCCCCGUGUUGUUGUUGCGCCGGCCGUUCAGCCAAGUGUCAGUGUCAACGAUAUCCCACGACACAGUCUACCGUCUUUGGACAUGGAGAACCUCAGUCAACCGGUCAUGUGGGGAUCAUUCGCGGCCGUAGUCUUGUCAUUGGCUUAUUUCAAUCUGUCAGCGGGACCAGCCGCUCGAUGAUGUAGGAGGAGGGCUGUCGAUAAUGUAUAUA